UUCCUGAUUCGUACAUUUGUGCUCCCGUUCAGUCGCACCCCAUGGGAAGGAGCUCAGACCACCCUGUUCUGUGCCUUGUCACCGAAACUGAGUCCUGGCGGUUAUUAUCGAAAUUGUUCACUGGCCCAGCCGAACAAGCAGGCUUUGGAUGAUACAAUCUGUGAGUGUGUUUGGGGUGUCUCGGAGAAACUGGUCGUGGAUUCGUGA